AUGAUCUUCAAUAAAGCGACCACCGUGGCCGUCUUUGGCCUUCUUGCGCUCGUCGGAGCUAAAGCUGACGGGUCGUCGGCGGAACAACGUGAAUUCAACAGGCCUGAUACCCCGAUUCCAGGAGUCACGAUCAACAACGAUGAAGUCGGUCGUUACUGCAUCCUCGGGCAGAAGGAUUCGCCCAAGGGAUACGCCUGUUUUUCGCUCCUCGGUAACAUCCGAGCCCGUAUGUUUGAGCACGAAAACCUGAACGGCUUCAUGACCUUGGCCGGAGAAGCCUUUGUGUUGAUCGACAAUGGCGCUACGCAGUCAUUUGCCACCGAUGUAGACAAAGUCACCGUGACUCCUUCAAAGCAGGCACAUUGCCUAAGGCUCAACGUUGAACGUCAGAAGGGUCCAGGCUACAAGGGCGUGAGCAUUGCCUCAACCUCGUGCCCAGACUCGCCCGCAUUCCAUCUAGCAGACAAGUGGACCAAUCCGUGA